UUUUUUUUCCUUCACAAUAGUCACAAUAGUUUACCUUAUUACAUUAUUUAUCAUUAUUCAAUUUUUACUGAAAAGGCUCCUCGACGUCGAUCGCAUUUUCAUAAUAAUAUUACAACUCCAAAGUUUAAUCAUUCGCGUCCUUCAAAUUCAAUUAUAAAGAGAAGGAAUUCAUUUGAAGAACAAUCUAGAUCAAGAGGGAUGUUCUUAUCAAAGUAUGAUACUAAUCAUAGGAGAGGAAAUGGUAGUUCUAGUAAUUUUAAACAUCAUAAAUCAAGUGUACGUGGAAGUAGAUCAGAAAAUUCAUAUAAUGGAAACGAUGGAAACGUUAGUUCAACAUCCCGAUUCAAUGAUAAUAAAUCUUACACAGGAAAAGAUAAUUCGUUUCCGCCGAAAGGCGGGAAUGGGUUUCGCGGAAGAGGUUAUAGUAGCAGACACUAUAUGCGUUCAGGUUUAAACCGAGAUCAUUCAUUUAAUUCUAACCAAGCUGACGUUAGUGAGGUGGAUGGAAAACAUAAUUUAAGUCAGGACAAAAAUUCUAAAGAACAACGUUCGAAUAAUGAUAGUGUGGACAAUAAAGACUCUCAUAUUAUACAUAAUAAUGGACAACAAGAAAGUCGUGAAAAUAAAAUUGAAGAGAAUAUAAAUAUAGUUGCAGAGUACAAAAUUGAAAAAGCGGAACCAGCACAAGAAUCAACAGAUAUUACAUCCCAUGUAAAUAUUACGUCAAGUUCAUUUACAAAGGAAGGAACGGAUUCGGGAUCUCCAAUUAAAGAAAAAGAGAACGUCUACGAAAAAUUGGAAGAAGAAUCUGGAGUGGAAAUUAUUUUAGAUUCUCAAAGUAAAAAAGCAAUCGAAGAUAACGUAACUCCUAUUUCACAAUCAAUAAACAAUGUUACAUCAAGUUUUAAUGAGUUAUCUAUUAAUAAUAAUCAAUCUGAUACAAUUGUAUCCUUGCCUUCAACAUUGAUGGACAAAGAUAAAGUUCAAACUAACCAGGCAUCUAAAAGGUAUUCAACUAGAAGAGCAGCUUCUUUCUCGAUAACUCAACCAACCCAAACAAACGACUCACCAGCGAGCGGAAUAUCAAAUAAUUCUCGAACAAGCGAAAUUCCACCUUCAGCUGUCUUUGCACCGCCUUUCCAACCGAGAGCACUUGCUCUUUCUGAUGAAAUUUCCAUUUCCAACGAGGACUCGUCAAAUACGUCAAAUACGUCAAAUACGUCAAAUAAUUUCUUUCCACAAAAACCAGAAACACCAAUUGCAUAUUAUAUGGAUAAUUUACCUCAGGGAUUAAGAAAUAAUCUAUCUGAAAAUAAUUUACCGCCGCUAACAUCUAUCCCUCCUGCUUCUUAUGUUGCUGAAAGUAAUCCUUAUGUUACUGAGAGCAAUGGAAUGGUUUAUUAUUACGAUCCUAAUAUGUAUUAUUAUUAUUAUCCGACUCAAACAACCACAGAAUUAAAAGAUACGAAUGAUAAUUCCGUUAAAUCUUCUUCAUUUGUGUCUCAAUCUUCAACUGGUGUACAGGAAAAUGAUGGUGUUUAUUAUUAUUAUCCAGUUUAUUAUCAAUAAUUUCAAUUUUAUUUAGCGUUAGUAAUACUUUAAAUAAAUCUUUCAAUAGUUAGAUGUAUUUUUACUGUU